UGUGCUGCUCCUCUGUGCCUCAAAAAUGAAUGAAUAUGUUAAGAAACGACGUACGGCCAAGCAGAUUCUGCUGCGACGGGCACUGAGCAAGUGUGCCCGUAAUGACAAUGACACCGAAACAACCACACCGCUGUGUCCAUUGUCUAAGACAGGCAUUACAGUGCUGGCCUCGCUGUCUCGGGAUCCCAAAUUGGUGAGGGCCAUGCAGCGGACAUUGUCAGGGUCGAGUCGCGAGAGGCCCAAAUCACAGACAAGACCGAAAAUACUAAAGAACUCGCCAGAGUUUCCACAGCCAAAGAAGGAUACACGUUCUUGGCGGAGACAAAAAACUUCUGAUGGUCUUCAUAGUAGGCACCUGCUGGAGGGUAAAUCUGGCGCUAGUCUGGGCGGUGCAGCAUCAAGGGGUAGCAGUCGUUCACGUUCCUCUGCUUAUCCAUCCAGCUGGGCUCUGGAUGUGCGAGUACAAGAGGAGAAUGCACAGGAGACGAGCAACAGCCUGCAGGAGGUGACCCACUGUGCGCGUCUUAAUCGCACGCCCUACGAUCAUCAGCUGAACACACCACUAAAAACCGAUCAUUCUGUUCAGUGUACAAUGAAGGCCGCUGCCAGACGUCAGAGACGCACAAAGGCACAGAUGAAGGUGCAGCCACAACCAAAGCCCCUGCCAAAGCCCCUGCCAAAGCCACAUCAACGAGCGGUGUCCGCGCUGACUCAGACUUUGCCCAAACAACUCCCAAAGGUGGAGUUACCCAAGUUACCCAAGUAUAAGCCACCGAAAAAGUCCUACAGGUCAAUGUUUACUUCCGUAUUGGAGGAAAAGCUUCUUGAGCGCAACAGAAGUCCAUCGAAGACGAGUGAGAAUAGUUUCAGCAUUCGAAAAAUACGGCAAAGAGCAUCCAGUGGCGAGGAUGUGAAACGUCCACACGAGUCAGCGAAAGCGAAAAUCAAACCAGCACCCAUGAAGCGCGACUAUACCGACUGUGGGGGGUAUAAACCAUCGGAUGUGAGCCUCGAGCAAGUUCCCUUCAAGAAAAUGUCAAGUGUGGAAAUUCCCCGAGGCACUGGCGGCCAUAAGCGCGACAGCCGCUGGACUAUGCUAUUGCCCACUGAAAAGGACAUAGAGAAGUACAUACACGAGGCUGCUUACGAAGAUUGUGCGUCCUGUUCCGCACGAGAGCGCAUGCCAAAUCGUUAUGAUGAAUCCUACGGCCUUGAUAGUGCUGCUUCGGCGCAUUGCAUUUGCGAAAGAGGAGCCAAUAACAUACAAAAUCAAUCGCAGUCGCUGUCCAGAAGUGGAUCUCAUGCCAGCACAACCGACGACAGCAGCAGAAUGAAUCUAAGCAUGUCUAGGAAACCAAGGACUCGUCAAGCAUCUCAGUCAAGUAGCUACGAGCCAAGAAGUUCCCACAGAAGAACGAAGGGCAUACCAAGCCGAGAAAGUCUUGACAGUUUGAAUAGGAAUACGCGAUGCUCACAGGGCAAGAGUCGAGCACAAAGAGAAUCCUCCUCCAGUUCCGAUAUAAACAGGAGUUGGAACAAGUCAUUGAGCACUGAUGCAAGUGCCAGCUCAAUUGUGAAUCGUAGGCCACUCUCCUCUACGCCUAAAAGCAAACAACCAACGUCACGAAGACCCAGUGAUUAUGGGCGAGCAAAGUCUAAAGGUUGUUACCUAGGAAGAAGUGCAAGUAGAAGUAGAAAACACAGCAGGCAUCGGGACAAGGCAAACUCCGAGAGACGUAGUAGCCACAGGGCAAGGCCCAGAAGGGAAGGCAGCGUGGAUGUUAUUCCAGUGGAAAUUGAUGCUGAAAAUCUACGCAAGAGAACAUCUCAAAUGAUUUCGGGAAAUAACAGUGUAGGUUCCUUUCGCACGGGUGUGUGUAACGAUUCCAAGUGCAGGCGAAAGUGUCGCAGGUGUGCGGAUGCCUCCACUCUGACCUCGGGUCUGAUUUCCGCUGCAGCCACUGGCCUGCAGAGCCAGAAUUCAAGAAAAUGUGGAUCCUUCAAUAUGGAUUCAGCCUAUCGCGGUGCAACCAACAGCUGUGGCAUUUGUCCAGUGACCAAAACUUGUGAUCCCAUAUGCGUUGAGGCGAGUUGCUUGCAGAGUCACAACUCAAGGCGAAGCGGCAGUCACAACAACCCUGGAUCAUUGAAUGCAGGUUCACCCUUUCGAGGUGCAAAUGAUCCCAAAAGCGUUGAAGCAUCAGCCCAAACAUCCCAGACCAUGAUGAUGAUGCGACAAAGUCGCAGUCGUGUUUCUAUGGAUUUUCCAAACAAUGAUCUGGUGGCAGCUCAAAGAUCUCAAGUGCAUCCAAAUGAAACCGGUGACAGAUCCUUAAUGCUCCCUCCAUGCUGUUGUAACCGCGCCAAUUUUCAGUUUAAAUGCUCGGAGGCAUGCACUCAGACAAACUGUCCAUGGAGUGGGAAAAAUGCUAAAAAGGAUUAUGCUGGGGGCGAUAAGUGCGAUGUGAGUCGGAUUAUUCAGAUAUUGCAAACGGCAUUGGCGGGUCUGGAAAUGGAGCAGAGAGCUCGUCAACGUGGCUCAACAAGUCAUAUAUUAGAUGAGGAUCAACCACACGAUAGAGACAACAGUCGCUCUAGUCAUAGCAAUUCCAAUGAGGCUAACAACAAUGAGAGCGAUGGGACAUAUAAAGUGCCAAACAUAGGAAGGCAAUUCGAUCCGUAUCAGCAUAAUAUGUGCUAUUGCCCCAGCCACAUGUGUGCUGGCGCCUCAAACGUCAUGGGACAAUCGAUUCCCUUUUUGAAUGUGAAAUCACUGCGCCCAGACACCAAUCGAAUUCUGAAGUACAUCAGCCAAAUAGGUAGCAACAAGGAUGCAGCCAAGGCACCGAUUCCACCCAAAGAGGAGCGAAAAAAACCAGAGAAGCUAAACGGAGGCGGCGGCUAUGGACAGGAAAGCAAGCAACUCAAGGGCUCGGAGAAAUUUGUGCAUGUACUAAGCCUGAUCAAGGAUGAGGGAGAAGCGCCUUAUUCAAGCACUUCGAAAAGUUCAUUUCCACGGUACAAUGAUGAGGAUGACACUAGCCCGGAAGAUGCACCCAAUCGUAGAAGUCGCAAACAUUUCUCAUUGAAAUCCUAUUUAGGAGCAAAACAAUGCUGCAUCCAGCCGCAUCUGAUGAAUGAAUUUCGCAAGACCAGAGGCAGAUCAAAGGUUCGGGAAGCAAUUGGAUCAUACCGUCCCGUCUUGGGCAUCAAGUCAAAGAAGCGCUCGAAUAUGUACCUAAUUAGGCCAACCUCUUGCUACAAGUAUGUGCCAAUCCGACAUGAACCAGACUCCAACUAUAAAAAAUGCCUGCUUUCCAAAGGGAGAACAAAGAAGAACAGCCUAUCAGAGGACGAACUGCGAGGACGAACUUGUUGUCAGACAGAGAACUGUAUUUCCGAGGGGGAGCAGAGAGGAAGCAUUCGCUUUGCAACAGAGAACACUCUGUCAGAGGGAGAACUGAGAGGCGGAACUCGCUUUCCAGCAGCGAUUACUCGUGCUAGAGAUUCCGGCCUAAAAAACCGGCCAAGAGAGACAAAUAACCAGAACCCUGACCCACAACACAAAAAGCAGAGCAGAAACACAGAUUCCACCUUUGUAAAACAGUCGUUUUUCAAUAACUACGAAGCGCUAAUAUUCAAGGACUUUAAAAAAUAUAGAGAGACUAGGGCAGUUGAAGCAGCCGCAUCUUCCAAUGAAAAAUGUCAACAAGAUCUCAUAAGCGCUGCUGAUGCCACCAAGUCGAUAUGCCAGCAAGAGCCCAUAUGCUCCUACCUGCAAUAUCUAGAGCAACAAAAACCUGCAGUCGCUUCAAAAAUAUGCCCACAGGAUCUCAUAUGCCAACACUACAAGCUAAUAAAAAAGUCAGAGAAGAAAGUCUCCAUGCAGAGCGUAAAGGAAAAGGAACAACCCGGGGCAAGAAAGAGUCUGUCAAAGCAAUCGAAAAUCUCAUCAAAGGAAUCCAAAAUUUCAGAAAAGAAUCAACAGGAUCAGCAUAGAGGGAAGAAACCAUCCAAAUCAAAAGGCAUUUUCAGUUGGUGUUUGAAGAAAGAAAAAGAUCCAAGCGCAGAUAAUCUCAAGAAAGAUGAUAAACUGCAAAAAAAAGCGGAAAAGAAAAACAGUAAAGAAAAAGAUGGAACAGCAAAGAAAAGCCAUAACUAUUCGAAAAUCACUAAAUCUGAGGCACCAAUUCACAAAUUCCAUUUUAACCUCCAACCGCUACCGGCUAAGAAAGUAAUAGUGCCCGAGGCCAAAACAUUUGCAAAGACAACGAGUGAUAUACUUAAACCGGCAAUUAAUUUCUGUGAUAGUGAACGUACCCACAAUGACUCCCGUAACGAGGUUCUUGUGCUCUACGAUUCCAGUGCUCGUUUUGCCAAGGAAACAUGCAGUGUGCGGGUGCUGCCAGAUCCGUCAAUACCUGAGAAGCCGCGCUUUGGAGACUAUUUCACAUCUUCCUGCAGUAUAGCCGUGCCCUACCAGUGCCAUCGGGGCCAGCAGCAGCAGGAUCAGAACAUGGAUCAAAAAGUUGUCAGCACAAAUGCAUUUUAUUCGAUUUUCCAGCAACAGAAUCCCCAUCUCCAGAUGCGUAACUGUGAUUGUGAAUUUCAACGAAAGUGGGAUAUUUUCUGAAUAAAUUCACAAUCAUAUUUACAUCCAAAAUUCGCCAUACAAAAUUGUAAUUUGAAAAUUUUAGUCAAAUAAACUGUAAAUGC